AGAAGAACAAAAACCUCAACUCUCACAGAAAUUGCACCAGCAGUUUGAGGUAUACAAAGAGCAAGUGAAAAAGAUGGGUGAAGAAGCUCAACAGCAGCAAGAGCAAAAGGGUGAUGCCCCCACUUGCGGGAUCUGCCACAAAACGAAAUUUGCAGAUGGCUGCGGCCAUAAUUGUUCAUAUUGCCAAACGAAAUUCUGCGCACGUUGCGGAGGUAGAGUGUCAUUGCGCUCAAGCAAGGAGGAUAAAGUGGUAAUGUGGGUUUGUAAUUUGUGCCGAAAACAACAAGAAAUCCUCACAAAGUCAGGAGCCUGGUUCUACAACAGCGGGUCCACCACAGCACAGACGGCCGGGGAAGAGGCUCAAGCAGGGCUCCAGAACGAAGAAGCUCCUCAGGAGAAAAAGGCUAAACUACAAGAGCAGUCCCAAUACCAGGGACCCUCAGGGGACUUACUAACACCAGCCUCAGAGAAGGGCCGAUCACAGGGGAUCGUAAGGCAAGACUCUAUAAAGAAUGGAUCGGGAGUGAAGCACUCCGCUGCUGGUGAUCUGCCCUCUGACAGGAAAAGAAGUCCGUCAAUAUCUGGAGAUCAGAAUCGACGAUACGACGAAGAUAUAGGGGAACAUUCACAGUAUGUUACAACAGAUAGCGCAAUGCCUAGAUCACCUUCGGAUUAUUCUGAGAGGCGAUCGCCACGUGGGCCUCAGCACUAUGAAGAACCUGAACAUGGCGAUUACAGGAGAAGUCGGCGGCGUUCCAAUGAGUAUUCAGUAGAUGAGGAGGACAUUCAGGACAGGGAUGAAUAUGAGAGACAAAGACGAGAGGAGGAGUAUCAGGCCAGGUAUAGAAGCGACCCUAAUUUGGCUAGGUAUCCAGUUAAACCCCAACCAUAUGAGGAGCAAAUGCGCAUCCAUGCAGAGGUGUCCCGGGCUCGUCAUGAAAGAAGACAUAGUGAUGUUUCUUUAGCUAAUACAGAGUUAGAGGAAUCUCGUAUGUCCAUGUUGAGGCUAGACCGGCCAUCCAGACAACGGUCUGCAUCUGAGCGCAGAGCGGCCAUGGAGAGCCAACGCUCUUAUUCUAUAGAAAGAACUAGAGAUGUGCAGGGACCAAGUCCUGGUCGGCAAAGGAACUCAAACCAUAGCCCGCCAACACCUAGAAGGAGUCCCAUUCCUAACGAUAGGCCAGAUUUAAGACGCACAGAUUCUUUGCGAAAGCAACACCACCUGGAUCCAAGUUCUGCUGUAAGGAAAACCAAAAGAGAAAAAAUGGAAACCAUGCUAAGGAACGAUUCUCUCAGUUCAGACCAGUCUGAAUCAGUCCGGCCGCCACCACCUAAGCCUCAUAAAACAAAAAAAGGAGGUAAAACGCGCCAGAUUUCAUUGAGCAGUUCUGAGGAAGAGUUGGCAUCUACUCCUGAAUACACAAGUUGUGACGACGUGGAGAUUGAAAGUGAAAGUGUGAGUGAAAAAGGGGACAGUCAAAGGGGAAAAAGAAAAACUAGUGAGCAGGCAGUUUUGUCGGAUUCUAACACCUUGUCUGAGAGGCAAAAGAAAAUGGUGUGCUUUGGAGCCCACUCAUUGGAAGAGGAUUUGGAAUGGUCAGAGCCCCAGAUAAAAGACUCUGGGGUAGAUACGUGUAGUAGCACCACCCUCAAUGAGGAGCAUAGCCAUAGUGAAAAGCACCCGGUGACCUGGCAAGCGUCCAAAGAUGGCGACCGAUUAAUUGGCCGCGUCUUGUUAAACAAGAGGUUAAAAGAUGGGAGCGUCCCCCGAGAUUCUGGUGCAAUGCUCGGUCUGAAGGUUGUAGGAGGCAAAAUGUCAGAGUCUGGUCACCUCUGCGCUUAUAUCACCAAAGUGAAGAAAGGAAGCCUGGCGGACACUGUUGGAAGAUUACGACCAGGUGAUGAAGUUUUAGAAUGGAACGGGCGGAUAUUACAAGGCGCCACGUUUGAAGAAGUUUACAAUAUAAUUCUGGAGUCCAAACCUGAGGCACAAGUAGAAUUAGUGGUCUCCAGACCGAUAGGAGAUAUCCCCAGGAUACCUGAUAGCACACAUGCCCCACAGGAUUCCAGUUCUAGUUCCUUCGAAUCCCAGAAAAUGGAUCGUCCUUCCAUAUCCGUUACGUCCCCCAUGAGCCCUGGAAUGUUGCGUGAUGUUCCCCAGUUCCUGUCUGGACAACUCUCAAGCCAAAGCCUUAAUAGAAGAACAGCGCCUUUUGUUCCUAGGGUCCAGAUAAAACUCUGGUAUGACAAAGUCGGUCAUCAAUUGAUUGUCACUAUAUUAGGAGCUAAGGACCUGCCAUCAAGAGAAGAUGGAAGACCGAGGAACCCUUAUGUUAAAAUUUAUUUUCUUCCAGAUCGAAGUGAUAAGAACAAAAGGAGAACAAAGACUGUGAAGAAAACAUUAGAACCCAAAUGGAACCAAACGUUCAUAUACUCUCCGGUUCCCCGAAGAGAGUUUAGGGAACGAAUGUUGGAGAUCACACUUUGGGAUCAAGCCAGAGUUCGAGAGGAAGAAAGUGAAUUCUUAGGAGAGAUUCUAAUUGAAUUAGAAACUGCACUUUUAGAUGAUGAGCCACAUUGGUACAAGCUUCAGAUGCAUGAUGUGUCCUCAUUGCCACUACCCCACCCGUCUCCGUUUAUGCAGAGGAGGCAGAUGCACGGGGAAAGCCCAACUAGAAGAUUGCAAAAUAGAGGCCCAUAUUCAUAUAAUUCAGGAUCCAAGAGAAUAAGUGACAGCGAAGUGUCUGACUAUGACUGCGAUGAUGGAGUCGGGGUCGUGUCAGAUUUUCGGCACAAUGGUCGUGAUAUGCAGAGUUCAACAUUAUCUGUUCCAGAGCAGGUCAUGUCAUCAAAUCACUGUUCCCGGUCAGGAACUCUCCAUGUAGAUAGUAUAGGUCGGACUAGAUCCUGGUCUCCUAGUGUUCCGCCUCCCCAAAGUAGGAGUUUGGAUCAGGGACCAAGAGCGACAAGAUCUGGCCCUGCACAAUACAAUGUCAUGGGCAGAGUGGAAAGAACUCGUGUAUUAGAUAACCACUACUCCCCAGACAGAGAAAGUCAUUAUCUAACACUACCUCGCACCAGAUUCAGUCAAUCAUUUGACCAUCAUCUAAGAGAUCCAAGCACGGAUCACCCCAUGUAUCCUAUCUUUUGUGAAGAUGCUAUCCGAAUGCUGCGUUCCCGUAAGAUGUGCCGUACUUAUUCUGAGGGUGCUAACAAUGAUCUUGAGAGGAGAACUAGACAAGAGAGACGAGUGCCUAAUUCACAUUGCAGUGAACCUGCCCCUGCUCCUGAAAGGUUAUACAAUGGUGCAAGCGCGUGGGCAGAUCAUGUAGUCAAUGGUUCAGCUGAGUCCCCGGGGAAUUGCGAAGCGGGCGAUAGACACCCAUAUCAAAGAUCCAGGUCCACAGAACAACGGCCUGUACUUGAGCGGACGAAUUGCCGCUCCCGAUCCACUGAACGCCCUGACUCAAACCUCAUGAGGUCGAUGCCUUCAUUAAUGACGGGAAGAUCAGCCCCUCCUUCACCUGCCUUAUCGAGGGCACAUCCGCGCAGUGGUUCCGUUCAGACAAGCCCUUCGAGCACCCCAUUAGCAGGACGUAGAGGCCGCCAGCUACCACAGCUUCCGCCAAAGGGUUCGCUGGACCGAAAAGAGGAGUUCCACCAUGUUGAAGAACAGGGAUCAGAGGUGGAGGCAGAUUAUGAGGAGAAACUGCAGAGUCCACCUGUAAAUGGGAGAAAAGAAGUUACAUGGGAAGACCAGCAGAGAAAGGUGAAUGGUGCAAUAACUGAUGACAAACAAUUGCCGAGAAAGAAAGCCCAUUCUGAGCCAGAAGACUUGGACUCGCCACGAAGACGAAACUCAGAAGACAGGAUGGCAGAACACGAGAAUGACAAUGAUCCAGGUUCAAUGGAUGUAGAGGAAAGAAAUCGACAGAUGAAAAUGAAGAUGAACAAGUACAAGCAGGUGACGGGGUCAGACUCCAGGCUAGAGAAAGACUAUCAUUCCAAGUAUCGGUCAGGCCGGGAUCCGCAGAGAGGAUCGGACAAUGUCUCCAACAAGUCGUCAGACAGUGACGUGAGCGACGUGUCUGCUGUAUCCAGGACAAGCAGUGCCUCCCGAUUUAGCAGUACCAGCUACAUGUCUGUGCAGUCAGAGCGGCCGCGAGGGAACACCAAAAUAAGAAGAUUGAGAGAAAUAGAGGAAAGAAGUGAUAGGAGAGAUGGAGGGCAGGGAGGGGAGAACCACAAGGACCUGGGCUUCCCUGAGGAGGAUGAGGAAGUUAGGCAGGAGGAAAUGGAUAGUGAGAAAGUAGCAGAGGAGGUCCAGAGAGCCAGGGAGAACGCAACCAAGAGGGGAAGUAAGGGCUCCAUAGAGGAAGAGAUCCUGCAGGCGGAGAAAGAUGGAGAAACGCAUGAACCUGAAGAAAAUCACAAAGAGGAUCUGCCAAGGAGGUUGUCAGAGAAUGACAUCAGUGUUUUUACAUCCAAAAUGCAAAGCAGACAGAUGGGCCCCUCGGGGAAGAACAUGACUAAAAGUACCAGCAUCGGAGGGGAUAUGUAUACAUUGGAGAAGAAUGAUGGCAGCCAGUCUGACACAGCGGUGGGCACAGUCGGUUCCGGCAAUAAGAAGAGAAGAUCCAGCAUCGGCGCCAAAAUGGUGGCUAUUGUUGGCCUCUCGCGGAAAAGCCGAAGUACCUCACAGCUCAGCCAAACAGAAGUUGGAGGCAAGAAGUUAAAAAGCACGAUCCAGAGAAGUACGGAGACGGGUCUGGCAGUAGAGAUGAGAAACUGGAUGACGAGGCAAGCCAGUCGGGAGUCUAAUGAUGGGAGUAUGAACAGCUACAGCUCCGAGGGGAACCUAAUAUUUCCCGGGGUCCGGCUGGGGUCUGACAGUCAGUUUAGCGACUUCCUCGAUGGACUUGGUCCCGCACAAUUAGUUGGAAGGCAGACCUUAGCUACUCCGUCUAUGGGUGAUAUCCAGGUUGGAAUGAUGGACAAGAAGGGACAGUUAGAAGUGGAGGUUAUAAGAGCUCGGGGUCUUGUGGUAAAACCAGGAUCGAAGACACUGCCAGCACCGUAUGUAAAGGUGUAUCUCUUGGAAAAUGGAACCUGCAUAGCCAAAAAGAAAACAAAAGUAGCAAGAAAAACGCUGGAGCCUUUAUACCAGCAGCUGUUAUCUUUUGAAGAAUCGCCACAAGGGAAGGUCUUACAGAUAAUUGUCUGGGGCGAUUAUGGACGUAUGGAUCACAAGUCAUUCAUGGGUGUAGCACAGAUACUAUUAGAUGAACUGGACCUGUCCAAUAUGGUGAUUGGAUGGUUUAAACUGUUCCCCCCUUCCUCUCUAGUAGACCCAACGUUAGCUCCUUUGACCCGAAGAGCAUCCCAGUCAUCUCUGGAAAGUUCCACAGGACCUUCUUAUGCUCGGUCAUAGCACCUGUGAAAAAACUGUUGUCUCUGCAACCAGCGUUUCAAAAAAAAAAAAAAAUAAGUAUCUAAAAAUAAAAACAAAAUCACAAGAAAUCAAAUUCUGACAGGUCGCGCACCCUGGUAAACACUGCAUGCUUAAUGUUGUGUCCUCUGAGCCUGUUUCUAGGGAUAAGGAGCGAUCCUGUGUUCUCAGCGGAAGUUGCACACAUUGUGCGCCAUAGGUGGCUCUCAGGUGGAGUGGAGCUAACCAACAGGUAUGGAGAUCGGUGAAGCUCAGUUCUUGUCGAAUCUGAAGCCAUGGAUUACUGACACUAGACAAAAUAAAAAUAAAGAAAUGCUUCAUGCAACGAAAGUCAUCGUCAGUGGCAUAUCACGUUGUUGCAAAAUUUUCUUUUGGUAUUUGCCCCCAAAGACUGGGAACCCACCCAAGGAAAAGUAAGCAGUGAUGGCAGAAUAUGAUGGCGGAAGACAGAACACCAGUGUUAUUAUUCAGGAUGAACAUCGUGGACGGAGCCCGCAGUCCGCUAAAGCCGGCUUAUACUAGUCAUUCAAGGGAUCCAUGAUAUGAUGAGUUCUCCGGGGAAGGGUUUUUUUUUUUGUCCGUGGUUAUUCCAUCGUUAAAGAACUAAACUUUUUUAUUAUUAUUAUUGGUUAAUUUAUUUUAUUUUUAAUUCAUUUUGCAUGGACAUAGAUCUAACUGAACACUGAAAAAAAAUUUAAUUUUCUUUGGGCUGCAACUUGCAAAAAAGAAACAUAAAAAAAUCAAAUAUGACCGGAAAAAAAAAAAAAAAAAAGAUACAGCCAUUUUCAACAAUUUCUAUUCUUUUUAAAGAGAGCAAAAAU